AUGCCACAGUGUGGAAGUAAGCAAGUGCUGGAGUCUGGGCAGUUGUCGAUCGCCGAGGGGUUUACGCGCGGCCAACCUCUAGAUCGGUCAAGUCCUCGGUGGGCACAGAUAACAAAAGCCGUGUGUCGUUUUGUCGCCAAAGACAUGCGACCGUACUCCACUGUCAACGAUCGUGGGUUUCGGCAUUUGCUGCAAGUGCUUGAACCACGCUACACCCCGCCUGACAGAAAGUUGCUUGCUACCAAGUACAUACCUGCACUGUACGAGCAGGAAAAGGCACGGAUCCAGCAGAAGAUCGAGGGUGUAAAAGACUUCGGAUUGACAACAGAUAUUUGGACGUCCCGAGCAAAACAUGCAUACACAAGCCUCACUAUCCACUACAUAGACGAUACAUUCCAACUCCAGAGCCAUCUCCUAGGAACACGGGAAUUCCCAGAGUCCCACAAUGCUGAGAACAUCAACGACGAAUUGCAGGAGAUCAUUGGCGACUGGGGAUUGACAGAGAGUGGGAUUGCUGGGAUCACAACCGACAAUGGGAGCAACAUCCUUGCUGCAGUGGACCUACUCCAGUGGCCUCAUGUAUCCUGCUUCAGUCACACACUGCAACUUGGAGUGGAGAAGGCCAUGAAGCUACCACAGGUUGCAAAAGCACUCGCAAGGUGUAGACGUUUGGUCAGUCACUUCAAUCAUUCAGCUAAAUCAAGCCACCUGCUCAAGAAGAAGCAAGAUGAUCUCCAUCAUGUGAAGCAUAGCCUCAUUCAGGAUGUCGUAACACGAUGGAACUCAGCUUACUACAUGGUGGAGCGUGUGCUUGAGCAACAGCAACCCCUUUGUGCCGCCCUCUUUGAGCUACGUAAGGGAGAUCUGAUGCCGUCUGACACUGAAUUCAGUGUCAUGGAGUGCUACAAGGAUGCGAUGAAGCCACUAGUUGAUGUGACUGAGGCUAUUGGGGGUGAAAAGUGGGUGACCAUCUCGAUCAUUCGGCCACUUCUGCACAAGUUGCUUAACGUGCACCUCAAGCCAGCCACAGCAGAUUCACGCCUAGUGUGCAUGAUUAAAGAAUCAAUUUGUUCAGAUCUGCAGGAUCGUUAUGUUGGUAGUGCAUUGGACCUGCUGACGAAGGCAGCAUCCCUGGAUCCAAGAUUCAAGGCUCUUCCUUUCUUGAAGUCAGAGGAGAGACAGCACAUAGUAUCACUUAUUGAGGAGGAUGUAGAGGAACUUAUCAACUCUGAGACCACCUCUACACAGUCUACUGAGGCAGAGGAAGCUAAACCAGCAGUCAAACGACCCCGUGGAGAGCAUGUGCUACUUGAAUUCCUUAAGGAUGUUGUGCAGCCAGAUUCUGAUGGUCAUGAGGACAUCUCUGCGAAAGAAAAGGCUCACAUUGAAGUCUCCAAGUAUAUUGGAGAAGAUGCAACAUCAGACAAUCCAUUGACCUGGUGGAGUCGCAACAGCACUGGAUUUCUCAAAGUCUCUCGUCUAGCAAAGAAAUACCUCUGCCUUCCAGCUACCUCUGUUCCCUCAGAGCGUGCUUUCAGUACAGCAGGCCAUAUUGCUAGUGCGAGACGCUCUCGUCUUCUCCCUGAGACUGUAAGCAUGCUUGUCUUCCUUUCAGCAAACCUUCAGUAA